GUUCGACAUUCGGAAUCGUGCAUGGCAUCAACAAUGGGGCUCGGCCGUCCGUGUUGGGCCCAAUACCAUCAGCAUCAGCGAGCCGAAUCUCAUCAAUGUCAUUUACGCCACGAAGAAUGCCUGGCUCAAGGUAGGCAGGGCUCUAUCUAUCGUAUCCCGCUCCCAAGUCGUCGGUUUCCAGUCGAGUCCGGUGCAAUGCCGAUACCACAGGUCUCCAGCUUCUCGAAAGAGAUGAGGGACAUCAUAGCUUCAUGAGAUCUAACAGCACACAUGAAUACCGUUUAUUAGACCGACAUGUACCAGCCGAAUGACAUGGCCGUUAACGGCCAGCGUAUCCAAAACAUAUUCAACACGCGGGACAAGGCGUUUCACGCCAAGUACAAAACGCCUAUUGCCGGCUUCUGGAGUCAGACCAAGAUCCUCGAGCUCGAGCCUCUCAUGGACGAGACGCUGCGCCUGCUCGUGGACACGCUGGGCGAGCGUUUUGCCGGUACCGGCGCCGUAUGCCCGGUGGACGACUGGGUGGCGUACUACGCCUGGGACGCCGUGGCGAACGUCAGCUUUGGCCGGCAUUACGGCUUCAUCGAACAGGGCAGUGACGUCGAGAGCAUGAUCGCCGAGUCCACGGCGGGACUUUUUUACUUUGCGCGCGUGUCACAGGUUCCCUGGGUCGACGAAUGGCUCGACAAGAAUCCCGUCAUGCGCAUCGGCCCGCGUCCGUUGGUCAACGGUUUCCUCUACAGCGUCAAGAUCGUCACCGAGUACCAGCAGCAUCUGGCGGCGGCGGGCCGCACAGUCGAGCAGAAGCCAGCCGAGCACUUCCUCGACAAGUACCACAGGCUCAAGGAGAGCAUCGACUUUGUGGACGACAACCAGGUCAUUCGCUGGCUGAUGCUCAACAUCCUCGCCGGCGGCGACUCGACUGCCGGCGCCAUGCGCGCUGUCUUUUACUACCUCGGCCGCAACCCGUGUGUCCAGGCCAGGUUAGUCGCCGAGCUCGACGGCGCCAACGUGACGGUCCCGGCCCAGCACAGGGACAUCAGGCAUCUGCGAUACCUGGACGCCGUCAUUUGGGAGUCGCUGCGCAUCUGCCCGGGCGUGGGUCUCAUCCUCGAGCGCGAGGUCCCCGCCGGCGGUCUCCAGCUGCCUGACGGGCGUCUCAUCCCGGCUGGCAUUAAGGUGGGCAUCAACCCGUGCGUCGUGACGCGCGACACCGGUGUCUACGGGGGGGACGCGGACGAGUUCCGGCCGGAGCGGUGGCUGCGUCGUGACGGCGAGAGCGAGCAUGACUACCUCCGUCGACACCGCCGCAUGUCCGAGGCAACUGACUUCACGUUCGGCGCGGGCAGUCGAGUGUGCCUGGGCAAACAUCUUGCCAAGACGGAGAUGUACAAGUUGGUUGCGACCUUGUAUCGUGCCUUUGAUAUCAGGCUUUUGCGGACGGAUCAUGAGUGGAAGUAUUGCAACUCGUGGUUCAUGUACCAGACUGACAUUCCCAUGGUUAUAAAACGCCGUGGAAAAGCAUGAGGACACGGCAGCCGGUUUUGAUUCCAGUCCGCCGCGCUGCCGGACCGAUCAUUUCCUUCUGUUUCUAAGCUCAUGAUAGCGUCUGCGGGUUUCAUGGAAUAGCACGACGAACAUCAGGCUUGUUCAAAAUAUUCAUUGUUGGUACGAGCCUCUUGUGGGCUCGUGCUGCUGCAGUUCGGCGCAUAGUUGUAUCUUGCUCUCAACGCGGAAGAAAGAGAAACCUGGCUGGCUAGCUGCCGCCUUGAUGACUGGAGAGUAACCGACUGACCGUACAGUCCGUAGCUAUACUACGAC